AUGUGUCCGAUUUGUGCUACAGGAACAUUUUCGAGCGUGAGUCAACCAUAUUCAAUGCUUGCGGAACAACAUGGAGCAGGACGCGUUACGUUUACUAUACAGAAAUCGGAUGCGCAUCGUAUGGCCUCAACAGUGAUUCUGAACAGGCAACUGCAACGACAGCAUAGGUUGGUUCGUCGUAUUCUCACUGCUUGCGAAACAACUUAG